AUGAAUGAAAAUAAAAAUAGUCUUUCAAAGCAAUUAACAGUUUUAGGAUAUGGCACAUGCGGAAAAACAAGUAUAUUAAAUAGACGUAUAAAUCAGAAAUUUGAUGAAAAAUUGGAACCAACUGUAUUUACCUCUGCUACUGUUGAAUUUAAAGAAGACAAUCACGUUGUAGAAUUAAAAUUAUGGGAUACUGCUGGUCAAGAUGAAUUUAGUAGAUUUCGACAUUUAGCUUUACCAAAUGCUCAUUAUGUUUUAAUUUGUUUUAACGUUGAUAGCAGGAAAUCUUUUCAAGAAGUUUCUGAUACAUUUAUACCUCAGAUUAAAGAAAUAAAUCCUCAAGCAAAAUUUUUUUUAGCUGCGACUAAAAUCGAUCUACGUGAUGAUGUUCACACAUUAGAAAAAUUGGCAGCAGAGGGGGAUUCCCCAAUAACUAGAAGUGAAGGAAUGUCUUUAGCUAAACAAAUUGAAGCAGCGGCUUAUUUCGAAACGUCUGCAAAAUUAAAUAUCGGUGUGAACGAACUAUUUGAACAAGUUGCAAAAUAUGCUAUCAAGGAAAGUUUAAAAAAAGACAAAUCUUGGUUUAAAAGAUUCUUGUCAUCAUUUGCCUGUUGUCUAAUAGAAUGA